GGGCGGGGACUUGGGAGCGACUAAAACUUGCCAGGAGGGCGGGGCCGCAGAGCUGUUUUUUAAAGGUCGGAACUGCUCCCUAGGCACUGGUGGCCCUGGGUGGUCCCGGGAAUCUGGCAGCACCUGGCUCCCCUUGCCUAAGCUGCCGGGGUGAGGCGGGGGGCGCCAUGGGCUGCUACCGCAUCCGUGUGGCCACCGGGGCCUGGCUCUUUUCCGGGUCGCACAACCGCGUGCAGCUGUGGCUGGUCGGGGAGCGCGGGGAGGCAGAACUGGAGCUGCAGCUGCGGACUGUGCGGGGCGAGGAAGAGGAGUUUGAUCGUGACAUUGCAGAGGACUUGGGGCUCCUGCAGUUCGUUAAGUUGCGCAAACACCACCGGCUAGUGGACGACGCGUGGUUCUGUGACCGCAUCACAGUGCAGGGCCCUGGGGCCUGCGAGGAGGCGACAUUCCCCUGCUACUGCUGGGUGCAAGGCGAGGACAUCCUGAGCCUGCCCGAGGGCACUGCCCGCCUGCCAGGAGACAAUGCCUUGGACGUGUUCCAGAAGCAUCGAGAGAAGGAACUGAAAGACAGACAGCAGAUCUAUUGCUGGGCCACCUGGAAGGAAGGGUUACCCCUGACCAUAGCUGCAGACUCUAGGGAUGAUCUACCUCCAAAUAUGAGAUUCCAUGAGGAGAAGAGGCUGGACUUUGAAUGGACACUGAAGGCAGGGGCUCUGGAGACGGUCCUCAAACGUGUUUACACUUUCCUGAGCUCCUGGAACUGCCUAGACGACUUCGAUCAGAUCUUCUGGGGCCAGAAGAGUACCCUGGCUGAGAAGGUUCACCAGUGCUGGCAGGACGAUGAGCUAUUUGGCUACCAGUUCCUCAACGGUGCCAACCCCAUGCUGUUGAGACGCUCGGCCUCUCUGCCCUCCAGGCUAGUGCUGCCCUCAGGGAUGGAAGAGCUUCGGACUCAGCUGGAGAGAGAACUUCAGAAUGGUUCCCUGUUUGAAGUUGACUUCAUCCUACUGGAUGGAAUUCCAACCAACGUGAUCCAAGGAGAGAAGCAGUACCUAGCUGCCCCCCUUGUCAUGCUGAAGAUGGAGCCCAGUGGGAAGCUGCUGCCCAUGGUCAUCCAGAUUCAGCCUCCCAACCCCAGCUCCCCAACCCCAACACUGUUCCUGCCCUCAGAUCCCCCACUUGCCUGGCUCCUGGCAAAGUCCUGGGUCCGAAAUUCAGAUUUCCAACUGCAUCAGCUCCAGUAUCACUUGCUGAACACUCAUCUGGUGGCUGAGGUCAUCGCUGUCGCCACCAUGCGGUGCCUCCCAGGACUGCAUCCCAUCUUCAAGCUCCUGAUCCCCCAUAUCCGCUACACCAUGGAAAUCAACACCCGGGCCCGGACCCAACUCAUCUCAGAUGGAGGAAUAUUUGAUAAGGCAGCGAACACAGGUGGAGGGGGCCACAUCCAGUUGAUCCGUCGCGCGACGGCUCAGCUCACCUACCGCUCACUCUGUCCUCCUGACGACCUGGCUGGCCGGGGCCUACUGGGACUCCCAAGUGCUCUCUAUGCCCACGACGCUUUACGGCUCUGGGAGAUCAUUGCCAGGUAUGUGAAGGGGAUAGUCCACCUCUUCUACCAAGGAGAUGACGUGGUGAGUGGGGACCCUGAGCUGCAAGCCUGGUGUCGGGAGAUCACAGAGGUGGGGCUGUGCCAGGCCCAGGACCGAGGUUUCCCCGUCUCCUUCCAGUCCCAGGGUCAACUCUGCCAUUUCCUCACCAUGUGCAUCUUCACGUGCACUGCCCAGCAUGCAGCCAUCAACCAGGGCCAGCUGGACUGGUACGCCUGGGUUCCUAAUGCCCCAGGCACAAUGCGGAUGCCCCCACCCACCACCAAGGAAGACGUGACAAUGGCCACAGUGAUGGGGUCACUACCUGAUGUCCGGCAGGCCUGUCUUCAAAUGACCAUCACAUGGCAUCUGGGUCGCCGCCAGCCAGACAUGGUGCCUCUGGGGCAUCACAAAGAAAAAUAUUUCUCAGGCCCCAAGCCCAAAGCUGUGCUAAACCAAUUCCGAACAGAUUUGGAAAACCUGGAAAAGGAGAUUACAGCCCGGAAUGAGCAACUUGACCUGCCCUAUGAAUAUCUGAAGCCCAGCUGCAUAGAGAACAGUGUCACUAUCUGAGCCCUAUAGUGACCCCACCUGCAAGACUUCACAUCGGCUUUAGGACUGACAUUUCUAUCUUGAAUUUCAUACUUUCUCCAGAAGUCUCUGCUGCUAAGGCUCUAUUUCCUCCCCCAGUUAAACUCCCUACAUUAGUAUCCCACUAGCCCAGGGGAGCAGUAAACUUUCUCUGCAAAGGCUAGAUCAGGCGUCCCCAAACUUUUUACACAGGGGGCCAGUUCACUGUCC